GGGGGUCACAAAAUUUAACAUAUGCUAAUAUAGGGUCUAUUUUGUGAAAACUUUACAACUCUUUUUGUCCAUAACCAUUGGGCCUAGGGCUACCAAAUUUGGAAGAUAGUGACAUCUUAUAGUCCUCUACCAAGUUUGCUCAAAUAAUGUCCCUGGGGUCAAGUUUGACCCUGCCCCGAGGGUCACAAAAUUGAACAUAUGCUUGUAUGAGGCCUAUUUUGUGAAAACUUAAAAAAUCUACUUGUCCAUAACUGUAUGGCAUAGUGCUACCAAAUUUGGUAUGUAUUGACAUGUAUUAAUUCUCUUCUUAGUUUGUUCAAACUAUGCCCCUGGGGUCAAAUUUGAAACUGCCCCGGGGGUCACAAAAUUGAACAUAUGCUUAUAAAUGGCUAAUUUAGGGUAAACUUUAAAAAUCAUUCUUGUCCAUAACCAUUGGGCCUAGGGCUACCAAAUUUGGUAUGAAGUGACAUCUUAUAGUCCUCUACCAAGUUUGUUCAAAUUAUGCCUCUGGGGUCAACUUUGACCCUGCCCCGGGGGGAGGGGGGUCACAAAAUUGAAUAAACGCUUAUAAAGCGCCUAUUUUGUGAAAAUUUUAAAAAUCUUCUAGUUGAAAACCAUUCGGACUAUGGCUACCAAAUUUGGUUUGCAGUAACAUCUUAUUGUCCUCUACCAAGUUUGUUCAAAUUAUGCCCUUUGGGUCAAAUUUGACCCUGACCCGCGGGUCACAAAAUUGAACAUUAUAUACACUUCUUUCUUGCUUAUUUUGUGAAAACUUUUAAAAUAUUCUUGUCCUUAACUCUCGGAUCUAGGGCUACCACAUUUUGUAUGUAGUGAGAUAUAGUAGUUCUCUAUGUGUCCAAUAAUUAUGUUGAUGAAGGUGGCAGUGGUAAUGACUUGAUAUGUCUGUGAGAUAUGAAUGCCAAAGUCUUCGAUUUACAUAACAUGAAUUUUUAUGUAAAAGUGGUGGUUCUUCAUAAAUUCUACAUGUUCUUUGUAAAUGAUGACCUCUACAAAGUUGUUCCAGGAGUACCAUAUUGCCUGACAAUCUUUUGUUUUAUUGUUAACUUAAACUGUACUUGAUUCUAGCAUGCCACUAUACUUCUUUGAAGUAAUUUGAGCAAAGUUCCCACUGUUUAGUAAUGUAUACAUUGUUUAAGGUACAUUUUAAUUUCACAUUUUGUAGGUGGACUUCAAUAUGUAUGAUCUACUUAUGCUGCCACAAUGUAAAGGCAACAAUCACUGGGUUUUGCUGGUUGCAAGUGUUAUGUCCAGGACUGUAACCAUUUACGACUCAUUGGGUGGUAACAACAAGGCCUUGUUCGAUUUGUUCUGCCAGUUCAUGUGUCAACGAGGGCAAAUUGUGAAAGAUGGCUUGGAAAAAAUCAGUUCAGAGUUAAAAGCGCCACCUUGCAACAAACAGCGCCACGGAAACAGCUGUGGAGUGUUUGCAUUGAUGACUGCCAAAUGUUUGGUCAUUAAAAAGCAUCCCACAAUGUUGCGACAGGCCCAUGAUUCAGUUUAUCGAGACUAGUCGUGAGAAGCAGACUUCUGAUUCCUGGAGUGCGGCAAACAUAUCUGUGCGACUCGAUCACUCCACUGUAAAGACCCGCACGGCAUUUAAAUGGAUAUUAUCAAUAUGUGUUGUUGCUCGAAAAUAUGUUUGUGUAGCAGGAAGUGCUUUGGGCUCGAUUAAUCUGAGAACUCAACAAAAUAUUAAUAAAAUCCUUCUGUGCCUUUUAGUUCUGAAAACAGAAGUAGCCAGUUGGUAUUACACAUCUCCUAAACAAGUACAGCACGAUAAAACUUAUAAACCUAGAUAUUUAUUUAUGUAGUGGUGUAUUUUUCAAUGAGUGCCUUAUGAUUCCAAAAACAUAUUGACUUAAAAUAAAUAAUCCCGAUGUCGUAAAUGACUUAUCAUUUCAUGUUCAUGAACCGGCUUUAAAAUACUUUGUAGACUUAUCUGCUAGGCGGUGAGGACUUUUAGACCACCUGAUAAACUUCAACUUUAUUUGCCCUAGUUCAGUAACCGACUAAACAUAUGCUAACAUUAUACUGAUGACUGAUGAGUCUGUUGUGUCUUAUAUUCUCAUUGCUACUUAAAAUAUUAAGUCUAUUUCAACGUUUAGACUAAUAAUAAGCAAAUUCGUUAAAUUGAUAUCCCCGCCAAAUAAAUUUUGAUUAUUGAUGGGUGCAGAACUAACAGAAAAGUUUAUUUGAAGGGUUGUACCCUUAUCUCACUUAUUUUAUAGUAACAACAUAAAAAAACAAUUGGCAAUAACUCUUAUUUAAGAAAGUGUAGGGUUAUAGAUUUUGUGCAUGACACCUCUCCUCAUUUAUAUCUUAACGUCCAUUAAAUUUCAUCUUUAAAUCGUGUAUAGUAUCUGUGAUAUAGUCCUGUAAAGUAACAUCAGACAUGUACAUAUGUACUAGGGUUAUGUUUCUUGUGCAUGGCACUUAUUCUCAUUGACAAUUAUACACCCAUGAAAUUUCAUGUUGAAAUCUUGUAUUUAUAGUUUCUGAGAUAAAGCCCUGAAAAGUUACAUCAUACAAAAACAACAAAGGGCAAUAACUCUAUUUAAGAAAGUGAAGGGUUGUGGUUCUUAUGCAUGGUUCUAUAAAUGAGAUAUAGCCCUGAAAAGUUACAUCAUAAAAUAACAAUAACAAGAAAGGGCAAUAACCGUUAUGUAAGAAAGUAUACGGUUAUGGUUCUCGUGCAUUGAUAAUUAUACACCCAUGAAGUUUCAUGUUAAAAUCUUGUAUAGUAUCUGAGAUAUAGCCCUAGUUACAUCAUAGAAAAACAACAAAGCGCAAUAACUCUUAUUUCAGAAAGCGACGGGUUAUGGUUCUUGUACAUGGCACCUCUCCUCAGCUAUAUUUAUACACCCAUAAAGUUUCAUGUUGAAUACUUAUAUUGAGUUUCUGAGAUAGAGCACUGACAAGUUUGUGAGUGACUGCACUGACAGACAGACCAACGGUACGUUUAAGUAUAUUUAGCGUACCCGGGGUACAUUAAAGUAUACUUAAGAGUACACGGGGUACUUUAAAGCAUUACCCGAGCUGAAGCGACAAUUGCCAAUCAAGCUUAUUGACAUAUUAAAUAAAUGAUGAUAGUGGUAACUAUGAUUGUAUGAAAUAUAAUAAAAUAGUUUUCCUGAA